CCAGCGCCUGACGCGAGCCAGGAAGCGCGGCCGGCGUUCUGCUCCACACGUGGGCGCGCUAUGGAGAGCUGUGACUUAAAUGAUCCUGUCAUGGAAGACAGACCAAUUGUGACCUCAAAGCAGAAGGUUGAAGUGGUUUGUGGUGUCCCGACCCAGGUGGUCUGCACAGCUUUCAGCAGUCACAUCUUUGUGGUGGUGACCCAGUAUGGAAAAAUGGGUACCCUGGUCUCUCUGGAGCCCAGUACAGUAGCCAAUGAUAUCUGCAAGCCUGCAAUCACUACUAGAGUGCUCCUCGGGCAAGAUGAGCCCCUUAUCCACGUCUUUGCAAAGAACCUAGUGACAUUCGUGUCUCAAGAAGCAGGGAACAGGCCUAUUCUCCUGGCUUUGGCCUUGAAGGACAAAAGUGUAGAAGGGGUGAGAGCCCUGAAGGAAGUGAUUCGGAGCUGCCAGGUGUGGUGAAACAAGGCCCUGCCUGUCAGCUGGAUAUUCCAGGGGAAAGCUCUUGAAUCAAGAAACCAUACCCCAUCCUCCAAAGGAACUUUUCGUUUUCUUAUGGCUUCUAGCCCAUGAGGCUGAGAAAGAACUGUUUUCACAUCUCAGGACAAACUCAGUUUGGUUUUGAUACUAUUAUUGGGGGAAGGCGGGGGGGGGGGGGGGGAGGGAGGGAGGAAUCUGUUUCUUUGGAAAUUUGUAAAUGAUUUUGCAUUGACUUCCACAGAGUUGCAUGCAUUUGAGAAUUGUUAUAAUGAGUCAUCCUGCUGGAUGGGAUUCCCUAUGUUCUGUGUAUAGCACCAUUCAAAGGAGGAAUUUGCAAAGAGAAAACAAAGCCAAGUAGUAGUCAAUGCUCAUUUUACUUACUUUAUCACUUUUUCUGAUAUAGUAAAAAUCUCAAUUGCAUAAGCCUCUUUUGGCUCUUACAUUCCAUAAUUAUGAAUGUAAUUAAAAGUACCCUAGAUGUAUGAAAACUUGUUUGAUAAGGAAUAAUAGUUAUGUGACUUACAUGGUUCAAAUAAAUAUUGGGAAUUAAUCCUAGAAUUACACAAAAAUGAUAAUUUUUAGGUUCCUUUUGUUUUUCUCUCCAUUUAUCUAAGGCUCUUCUUUUUGGAGCUUCUGAAGUACUAUUAAAAAGAAUAUCCAAAAUUAAGUGUUGUCAUUAAGAAUGGCAAUUCUGUGCAUCAAGCAUUGAACAGGAUCCUAUGAUCAGAGAUCCAGAAGGAAUUUCAGAGACCAUUUGGUGCAGACUCCCUUAUUUUUGUGAUAAAGUGACCCUCCCAUGUUUUCACAGGUAAUAAGUAUCAGAGGUAGGAUCUGAAGCCAGGUCUUAUCAAAUCCAGAGCCAGCACCCUUUCUACUGGACUUAACUACCUCUGAUCUUCCAUUGUCCUUUAAUCCUUUUCCUCACUGAACCUUUCAGCAACCUAAAACUCCCAGAUUCUUUCUUUAUUGGUAGAGAAAGUAGUGAAACAGAAUGGUUGUGCCCAACAGCAAGAAAUAGAAAAUUGGUAAAUUGCGUCUUCAUGCAAACUGAAAGGCCUUUUAUGAGAAAAUAGGUAAUAUAGGAUGUGAGUGACAGCAACUUGCUUUUCAGUCAAAACCCAGGCUUGAUGCAAACAGGAAAUAAAUGUGCUUAGAUGGACUUCAAACCACUGUCUUCUCUUCAUAGGAAAUAAAACUUAAGAUUAUGUUCCUUGAAAUGUAUAAGAGGCUUGACUUCAGAGAAUUGGGAAUAUGUACCUCUCACCUUUCAUUGCAGAGAUAGGGAGUUAGAAGUGGAGGAUGCUGCAUAUAGUGUCAGCUGCAAUGGAUGUUUUGGUCUUGCUGAACUGUUUUUUUUUCUCUUGAAAUGGUUGCUGCAAGAGCAGGGUUCACUGAGGAGGUAGGAAGGAAUAUAUAAAUGAAUGUGAUAAAUAGAAGAUAGCAGUCUUUUUUUUUUUUUUUUUAACAAUACUGGUUAGAAGAAUUUAACCUCAACUCCUUCAUAAGGUCAUAAAGCAAUUCUUGAAAAAUAAUUUUCUCUCAUGCUAAAGAUUUCUAAAAUUCUAGGAUUGUCUUUGUUUUAUGAACUGUUCUAUGAUGUAAUAGGGAUGAACACAUUAAACCAUUUAGCCAGUGGAGAAAUAAUGGCAAAUUUGCAGCAGAUAGGAACCAAAUAAAACUAUCUUUCUUGUUAA